AUGAAGCUUUCGAAAGGCUUGAAAUUGUCCUCUUGUAAGAGUUCAGUGGAUCCAGCACCUGGGCCUUUCUUUCUUCAAAUGAAUCCAUAUCCAGGAAAGACAGACUUUGUGCUGCAGUACAAAAGUGGUGUUUCAUAUUAUAGCUCGGGAGAAUGGACUGGUAGAUAUUUUACCAGCAUGCCAGGGGCAACAUCUGAUACCACAUUUAAGCAGGAAUUCGUAGUGGUUUCUCCGACAAAAAUGUACUACACAUAUUGGCUUUCACCCGAAGCCAGUUCGACGAUGAUGGUGAGGGAUGUUCUCAGCUGGGACGGUCAGCUAUUAUUCUACCUGUGGGUUAAUAAUAAAAGUUGGAACCUGGUUCAUGAUUCACCUCAAACAAAUUGCGAGGUGUAUGGUGUAUGUGGGGCUUAUGGAGUCUGCUUCACCCAAGAAAACAUUAGUGCAAGUGGCAGCACAGAUGGUUUUCUCCAAGUCAGUAAUAUGUCCUUGUCAGAUAACGAAGCGGCUCUUCAAAAUACCCAAGAGUCGACUCUACAAGGAUGUAAAACUGCUUGUCUCAACAAUUGUUCUUGCACGGCCUUUGCUUUCAUUAAUUCUAAUUGUAAAUUAUGGUUUGGUGAUCUGUUAAGCAUGCAGGCUAAUUCAAAUGACAGACAGCCCUUGUUCAUUCGAUUGGCUGCUUCUGACGUGCCACAGUUGCCAUCCCAUGCAAAAAGAAGCAGCAGCAGGGUAGCUGCACUCUCCAUUUCAAUUCCUUUGGGGGUUGCUGUUUUGGGUACUCUGUUCAUUGUUGCAUGGCUUAUUCAACGUAGGCGCGGGAAACUACUUCAUAAAGUCGACGACUACGACACACCAACAUCGCUCACAAUAUUCACCUACAGAGAGCUCAAAAAUGCAAGUAAUCAUUUCGCCCAUAAGUUAGGAAAGGGAGCGUUUGGCUCUGUCUUCAAAGGAACUCUGCCAGACAAUACACUUGUGGCCGUGAAAAAAUUAGAGGGUUCCACACAAGCAGAAAAGCAAUUCCGUGCAAAAAUAAGCAGCAUUGGAAGCAUACAACAUGUAAAUUUGCCAGAAAAUAUUCUUCUGGAUAUAGAUUUCUCUCCAAAAGUGGCUGAUUUUGGGCUGGCAAAACUUGUUGGUACAUAUUUCAGCACAGUGCUCACGACAACAAGAGGAACGAGAGGAUAUUUGGCUCCUGAGUGGCUAACCGGGAUGCCAAUAACAGCGAAGGUAGAUGUAUACAGCUUUGGCAUGACCCUGUUGGAAAUAAUCUCAGGCCGACGAAAUAAUGACUUGAGUGUGCAAGAAUCUCAGCACUACUUUCCCACCUGGGCAGCAACUCAAAUUCAAAAGGGAAACACAAUGGGUAUUGUGGAUGAAAGGAUUGUAGAUAAGGCAGAUAUUGAAGAGGUGAGAAGGGCAGCCGUGGUAAGCAUUCUGUGCAUUCAAAAGGAUGAGAAUGGGAAGCCGAGCAUGGCCCAAGUUGUGCGGAUGUUGUGA